GAGUGCAAGGCGGCGGCACACUCUUGCUAUUGGCCUCCCCCCGCCCGCCGCCUGGUUGCACUCGCAGUCAAGUACCCAAGAGCCUUACAGGCCUUUAGCCUCGGGCCAAGCUGCUCCCAGAACCGGUCCCUUGGUGGAGUUAAAGCGCAGUUCCCGCUCAAAAUGCUUGUAGGUGCGCAAGUUGUCACAGGCUACUCUGAUUUUUGUUCGACUUUCAGUGAAUGCACAGUGUGUUCCUUGCUGCCCGUAAUUAUCGGUUGUUUUCCCAGUAAUAAGUGUUUUCUUUCUCUCUCUCUCUUUUUUUUUUGCCUUGACAUACACCUUUCCCUUCCCGGUUCCCCCAUGGGUCCGGAAUUGAGUAUUAUGUGCUCACACUCCAUUUUAAAGCGUCUCCACAACGUUCCAUUUAAGGAAGGGAACUUUCAAAUAGAAAUUGAGAACUGCAGCACGUUUCCCAACUGGCGGAACAGCUGCCGGAAACGUCCUUUGGUCACUAGCUCUGCUCUAGUCGCCACCAGGAUUACAAGUCAAUGUCAACAACACUAAGCCUCUGGUCCUAGCGACCUUACAGGACAGAGCAGAACUGCCCCAAAGGUUUUCCAAGGCUGUAAAUCAUAACGGAAGUGGUCUGCCACUUCUUUCUCCAGCAGAGAGGCUGGGGGGUUCCAACCACUGCCUUUUUGGUUAGCAGCCCAGCCGGAAUUCACUCGUUGGCAGUGGGUUUGGUUUAAGCCCCUGGACCCAUCCCCUCGGCCUCCCAGCCCUUGAUGGGUCGUGACUCUUUACUGCUCCAAGCCCCGUAGGAGGGGAACGGCAAGUGGCUCCAGAUAUGUAGCCCUCACUUUUCAACGUCCUAGCCAUUGUCCUUCAAACCCAAGCCCCCUCACGGCUCUUCCCCCAGCUCCGGGCUCCGGCUGUUUAAAGAGCUCGAGAGGAAGUGAAAGCAUCAAGUACAGUAAGUGACACCCUCGCCUCCGUGUAUACAUAACAAAAGCUCAGGAAACGUGCUGGUCGCCUGGAUAUCCAAGCCACCCCAUUCUCUCUCCUGUUCGUCCCCACCUCCACAGUGGGCUGAAAGCACCUUUCUCCAAGGCACACGUAGGUACAUAUUUGAUUUUUAUACACUUUUCAUCACCUAGAUUGCCCUAUAGCCCCCCCUCCCUGGUUCUCCCUACGCGCUUCUCACUUCCUCUCCUAAUAAGCAUUUCCUCUGCUUCUCCCAGAAGCUUUCGCCAUAAGAUACUUUAUUUUUCUGUCUCACCAACGACAGGAUCUAGUCUUUCUUAAGAAUAGCUCUUACAAAAAUUACCUCAAUAAGCCAUAAUGCUGGUAGUGGUAGGAGGGUGUUGAAAAAAGGGAAAAUAACUUGGGCUAAAAGCUUAGUGGGAACGCGGCUAGGGAGCGAAGUGGGCUCCUCGUCAGGUCAAGAGUAGGGAGUCUGGAGAUCUUGGGGGGGUUGAGAGAGGUUUUUGGAUCGAGCCUCAAAGUAUUUACACCUGAAGAGAACAAAAGUGCUUUAAGAAAAUCUGCCCAGUAGGGCACCAACACACCAGUAACGAGAACUGACGACAAGAUACACUUGGCAGCAGUGUCCCCGGGCGUCUUAGCAAUAAGCUGCAGAUAGGAGGGGAGCCGAUUCCCACCGGCUUUUCCAGGCUGCGAAUUCCGCACAUCCCGGCCUGGCAUCGGCUCCGGCAGAGGGGCGCACGAGACCCGCGAGAGGGGGCAGCCAGCCGCCUGAUUGACAACCCGAAAUCUGAUCUUGUGAAAGAGACGCGGAGCCAAUGGGAGGCAGCGAUCCAUCAGUUUGGAUUGGAGGCCCCUGGAGGAGAAGUAGAGGAAAAACCACUGAAUUGAGCUCUGUCAGAGGCGCUUUCAGCUUCCAAGGGGGAAGUGCUGGGCAAUAAUUAAUGUUUUUAUUAAAUUUGGAGGGAAUUUUUUGCAGCCGUUCGCCUAGCGUGGCCUUCAGUCCCGUUAGGUGCAAAGCAAGUCUCGUUGAUCGCCAUUGCUAGUUUUGCACACGUUUGCGAAUCAGCGCUGCCCGGGGUACACUGACCGCGCAGGGAAACAUCGAGAGUGUAAAUAAAUGCAUCGCCUCUUGUUCGGAUUUUUGCUACUGCCGAAAAUAUGUAAAUUGUGAACUCUCUUGGCUCUCUUUGGAUCCAGGUUGAUAGAAGUCCAGAUCCCGAGGAAAUCUCCAGCUAAAUGCUCAAAAUAUAAAAUACUCAGCUGAGAUUUGCGAAGAGCAGCAGAAUGGAUGGAUUUUAUGACCAGCAAGUGCCUUACAUGGUCACCAAUAGUCAGCGUGGGAGACAUUGUAACGAGAAACCAACAAAUGUCAGGAAAAGAAAAUUCAUUAACAGAGAUCUGGCUCAUGAUUCCGAAGAACUCUUUCAAGAUCUAAGUCAAUUACAAGAAACAUGGCUUGCAGAAGCUCAGGUACCUGACAAUGACGAGCAGUUCGUACCAGACUAUCAGGCUGAAAGUUUGGCUUUUCAUGGCCUACCACUGAAAAUCAAGAAAGAACCCCACAGUCCAUGUUCAGAACUUGGCUCUGCCUGCAGUCAAGAGCAGCCCUUUAAAUUCAGCUAUGGAGAAAAGUGCCUGUACAAUGUCAGUGCCUAUGAUCAGAAGCCACAAGUGGGAAUGAGGCCCUCCAAUCCCCCAACACCAUCCAGCACUCCAGUGUCCCCACUGCAUCAUGCAUCUCCAAACUCAACUCACACUCCUAAACCUGACCGGGCCUUCCCAGCUCACCUCACUCCAUCGCAGUCCAUACAAGAUAGCAGCUACCCCAUGGACCACAGAUUUCGCCGCCAGCUUUCUGAACCCUGUAAUUCCUUUCCCCCUUUGCCGACAAUGCCAAGGGAAGGACGUCCUAUGUACCAACGCCAGAUGUCUGAGCCAAACAUCCCCUUCCCACCUCAAGGCUUUAAGCAGGAGUACCAUGACCCAGUGUAUGAACACAACCCCAUGGUUGGCAGUGCGGCCAGCCAAAGCUUCCCCGCUCCUCUGAUGAUUAAACAGGAACCCAGAGAUUUUGCGUAUGAUUCAGAAGUGCCUAGCUGCCACUCCAUUUAUAUGCGGCAAGAAGGUUUUCUGGCUCAUCCCAGCAGAACAGAAGGUUGUAUGUUUGAAAAGGGCCCCAGGCAAUUUUAUGAUGACACCUGUGUUGUCCCAGAGAAAUUCGAUGGGGACAUCAAACAAGAGCCAGGAAUGUAUCGGGAAGGACCCACAUACCAGCGACGGGGAUCCCUUCAGCUCUGGCAGUUUUUGGUAGCUCUUCUGGAUGACCCUUCAAAUUCCCACUUCAUUGCCUGGACUGGUAGAGGCAUGGAAUUUAAACUGAUUGAGCCUGAAGAGGUGGCCCGGCGUUGGGGCAUUCAGAAAAAUAGGCCAGCUAUGAACUAUGAUAAACUUAGCCGUUCGCUCCGCUAUUAUUAUGAGAAGGGAAUCAUGCAAAAGGUGGCUGGAGAGAGAUACGUCUACAAAUUUGUGUGUGAUCCAGAAGCCCUUUUCUCCAUGGCCUUUCCAGAUAACCAGCGCCCUCUGCUGAAGACGGACAUGGAACGUCACAUCAACGAAGAGGACACGGUGCCUCUGUCCCACUUUGAUGAGAGCAUGGCCUACAUGCCAGAAGGCGGCUGCUGCAAUCCCCACCCCUACAAUGAAGGCUAUGUGUAUUAACACAAGUGACAGUCAAGCAGGGCUUCUCCCCUUUGCAAGAUGCAGAGAAUCGCUGAAUUCUCUUCAAUCUUUGUUUUAUUUUUGUUGUUGUUGUUUGUAUUUUAUUUUUAAAGAAUAAUACAAAAAAGGGGCUUUUCCUGUUGCAUUAUUCUAUGGUCUGCCAUGGACUGCGCACUUUAUUUGAGGGUGGGUGGGAGUAAUCUAAACAUUUAUUCUGUGUAACAGGAAGAUAAUGGGUUAAUGGGUGGGGGGUUUGGGGAUUACUUUUUACUUAGGCUUGGGAUGGGGUCUUACAGGUUUUAAGUAUAAAGCUAUAUCAUGUCUGUUUGAUUUCAUAACAGCAUAAGAUAAUGUUCAUUUUCUCUGGGUAUCUAUGGUACAGUUAAUUCACAUUGUGUAAAUAUCCACUUGGAGACUGUUUACCGAGUGAUAUGCCUUGAGCAUCCCCCUCCUGUCCUUUCUGAGUCUCUGCAGGUGUACAAAAGAAACAUCUACUGUAAAUGGCAGUUCAGUUGUUAAAAAUGACUGUUUUUGCACCUCUUGUAAAAAGAUAUUUAGAGAUUGCAUUUGCGGUUUUUUUUGUUCUGCUUUAUAUAUGACUUGCAGAGGAAAACCACAAAAUGAAUAAUUCUCUCUGAAGUUUGAUAAUCACGGUGACUGCAAAUGAGGGGCACAAUUUUGGACUCUGGCUCCAAACUGAGUCUCAGGCCAGUAGCAUUACACGUAUCUGGUGCCACCUUGCCAUUUAGAUACAAAUCAUACUGUCUUUUAAAUAUUUUGAAGCCCAUUUCAGUUAAAUAAUGACAUGUUAUGGUCCUUUGGGAUCUCAUUUAAAUGUUAAAUCUGGGAUUACAAUGAAGCAAAAAAUAUCUGUCUCCUUUCACUUCCUUCAGUACAUAAAUACAUUAUUUAAUCAGUAAGAAUUAACUGUACUAAAUCACAUAUUAUGCUGUUCUAGAUACAGCAGGCACUCCUUAAGAAAAAUAUCCAAUACACUAAAUAGGUACUAUAGUAAUUUUUAGACAUGGUACCCGUUGUUAUGCAUUUAGACCUUUUACUGCUGUGUUAUGUUGGUAACAUAUAUAAAUACUAGAUAAUGCUAAUGCUUCUGCUGCUGUCUUUUCUGUAAUAUUCUCUUUCAUGCUGAAUUUACUAUGACCAUUUAUAAGCAAUGCAGUUAACUACAGAUAGCAUUUCAGGACAAAAUAGAUGACUCAAACCAUUUAUUGCUUAAAAAAUAGCUUACGCCAUGCUAUGCUAUAAGCAGCUUUUGCGCACAUUGACAAAUGAAGAGUAAGCUUCAGCUUGCUAAGGGAAACUGUGGAAACUUUUGUAACUUUUGGUGAAAUGGAAAAUUAUUUACAAAACUGUCGAAGAAUAUGAUGAAGUUGCUGUAUGACAUAGUGCUGGCACUGAUAUUAUCCGUCAUCUUGUUUUAGACACUCAUGUAAAUGUGAUUGGAUUGUUUGAAAGAAGAAUUUAAAGAUUUAAA